AUGUUUAAUGUGUUCAUGUUUCUACUGGGCCUUCAAGCUAUGGGCAUAAUUAACGCAGCCCGUGAUUAUAAAGUUUACUGGAAUGUGCCGACAUUUAUGUGUCACAAGUACGGAAUGUACUUCAAUGAUCUGGAUAAAUUCGGAAUCAUCCAGAAUACCAAUGACCAAUUUCGCGGAGAAAAAAUAGCAAUACUUUACGAUCCUGGAAUGUUUCCCGCGUUGAUAAAAAAUCCCGAAGAUACAAUAACAAUCAGAAAUGGCGGAUUGCCCCAAAAGGGACGUUUGAAGAGCCACCUAGAGUUAUUUAAGACUCACUUAGAAGAGACGGUCCAAAAAAACUUUUCCGGCCUCGGAGUGAUCGAUUUUGAAAGCUGGCGACCGACUUUACGGCAAAAUUGGGCCUCGCUGGCUCCUUACCGUGACCUGACGAUCCAGCUGGAAGCUAAGAGCCAUAGAAAUUGGACCAAGAUCGCAAUCGAACGGCAUGCGGUUAAAUUGUUCGAAAAGGCCGGUCGGUUGUUCAUGGAGGAAACAAUAAAAUCGGCGAAGCAGUUGCGUCCCAAUGCUUCUUGGAGCUACUACGCGUUCCCUUAUUGCUUCAACCUGACGCCGGACCAUCCUAGUGCAUCAUGUGAUCCUCGAGUGGUCAAAGAAAACGACCAACUGUCGUGGUUGUGGAAGCUGGAAGGUUCGCUUCUACCAUCAUUCUAUUUGAGCAAGUCUAUGUCGAGUGAGAAGCGAGUAGAUUACAUCGCUGGUGGAGUAGAAGAAUCCGUCAGAUUAAAUAAAAAAUUUCCUAAGCGUCCAAUUUUGCCGUAUUUUUGGUACAAAUUCAAUGACCAAAUUGAUGUUUAUCUCAAAGAGACUGAAAUCUUGUACAGUUUUAAAGCGAUGCUGAAUAAUGGCGCUAGUGGUUGUGUCAUCUGGGGUAGCUACAUGGAUGUUAAUACCAGACAAAAAUGUGUAAAUUUUGAAACUUAUGUGAAGAACACUCUUGGACCAGCUAUCGUAAACAUAAAAACCAUCGCAUCAAAUUAUGAGACGUUGGAAGAUUCAAAUUCAGACGAAUUAGCCCGUGAUUAUAAAGUUUACUGGAAUGUGCCGACAUUUAUGUGUCACAAGUACGGAAUGUAUUUCAAUGAUCUGGAUAAAUUCGGAAUCAUCCAGAAUACCAAUGACCAAUUUCGCGGGGAAAAAAUAGCAAUACUUUACGAUCCUGGAAUGUUUCCCGCGUUGAUAAAAAAUCCCGACGGUACAAUAACUCGCAGAAACGGCGGAGUACCCCAAGAAGGUAAUUUGCAAAGCCACCUAAAUUUAUUCAAGAUCCAUCUAGAAGAACAGAUCCAAGAAAACUUUUCCGGACUCGGAGUGAUUGACUUCGAAAGCUGGCGACCGAUUUUCCGGCAAAAUUCGGCGUCUCUGGCUCCUUACCGCGACUUGUCGAUCGAGCUGGAAGCAGCGCGCCAUAGAAAUUGGAGCAAGAACGCUAUCAAACAGCACGCGGUUCAAUUGUUCGAAACCGCCGGUCGGGUGUUCAUGGAGGAAACAAUAAAAUUGGCGAAGCAGUUGCGUCCCAAUGCCUCCUGGAGCUACUAUGCAUAUCCUUAUUGCUUCAACCUGACACCGAACCAACCUAGUGCGUCAUGUGACCCUCGAGUGCUCCAAGAAAACGACCAAAUGUCGUGGCUGUGGAAGCUGGAAGAUACCUUUCUACCAUCAGUCUAUUUGCGAAAAUCUCUGUCUAAUGAUGAGCGAUUGGGUUUAAUUGUCGGGCGGCUACACGAAGCUGUUAGGUUAAGUCGAAAAUUUCCAAAUCGUCCUGUAAUCCCGUAUUUUUGGUUUAAGUUCCUCGACCAACGUGAUAUUUAUUUAAACAAGGAAGACAUAUUAAGUAGCUUCAAAGUAAUGAUAAAAAAUGGCGCUGACGGACAUAUAAUUUGGGGCAGUUCCCAGGACUUUAACAGCCAGCAAAAGUGUGAAAAAUUCAAAAGUUACUUGAAUGACAUCCUUGGGCCUGCUGCCAAAGAAAUAACUUCUCUUGGAUCCUAA